AUGGGAUCCAACGUGGAGCUGGUAUGGCCAGAGGCAGAGGUAUAUUCGUCACGGGUGAACAACUGCUCACAUGCAAAUUCAUCUCUAGCUGCAAUUCGAGCGAAGUUGAGUGCGGAACAAUUAGAACAAUUCAAGACAUCAUGCUUUGGCCAUCUUCUGAAUAUAGAUAAGAUUCAGUUUAGCGGGCAGAUUGUGCAUGGGGUUGUGUUGCGUAGAGUAGCAGGGCAGGGUGUGAAAGACUUGAAUGGACUGAGUUUCUUAUUAGGGUGUGACGUUGCUCAGUUCACUCGUCAGGAUUUCUGUUUGAUCACAGGGCUUCGUUUUGGGGAAGUGCCUGAAGUUUCCAGUGGAGAGAGUAAUGAAAUCAGACUUCAGAAAAGAUAUUUUAUAGACGAAGGAAUUACAUGCAAUGCUUUAGAAGAAGCAUUUGUGAGGUGCACAGAGGAAGAUGACAUCUACAAGCUAGCUCUUGUUUACUUUGCUGAGUUAGUGGUUUUGGGAAGGGACAAACAUUUGAACAUCAAUCUAAAUUACCUGACCCUUGUAGAGGACUUGGAUGCGUUCAACAGGUAUCCGUGGGGUUCGGUGUCCUUUGACAAAACCCAAGACAGUCUAUUUUCUGCACCAACAAAGUAUGUGAAAAGCUUGGAAAAUGAAGAGGGAAGAGGGAAGGGGAAAAGUAAGGUAACGGGAACAAGCCGGAGAAAUGAGAAGGGCAAGAAGGAUAAGCAUGGUGAAGCGCAAAGGAGUGGCUGGAGUUUUAAAGGUUUCACGUAUGCUUUCCAGAUUUGGGUAUAUGAAUUAAUUCCUAGAAUGGCGGACCUGAAUUACUGCAAGGUUGUUGAUCCGACCGCUGUCCCGCGUAUUUUGCGAUGGAGAACUACUACGUCUGUUCCAGAGAUGAGAAAGUUGAACAAUUAUUUUUUCCAGAGCAAAGAGGUUUGGUUUGCAGCCCUUAGAACUAUUGAUAAGAUUGAAUGAAAUUAUGAAGUAGAAUGAUUUAAUAUGACUCUUGUCUGUAUUCUGAAACAGUCAGUUCAGUUGCGGGCGCUAUGUCCAAGUGAAGAGGAAAUGAGACAGCCAUAUUGGAGUUGGCCACAGGAUCGCCCUGCUGUUGUCUCGGCAGAGUCAAUUCCUUCUUCAUGUGGUGAUCUUGAUGAGUUGAACAAGGUGGUAAGCUUGUUGAGGUCCGAGUUGUUUCAAGUAAAGCGGGAAAAAGACGUCCUUCACUUAAAGGUCAUACGGAUGGAAAAACUGUUGGACCAAUGUUUAGGUCCUCAGUUUGAGCAGGAAGUAAGGAGGGACCUAGCUUUACUGAAACAGA